AUGGAAAAGCCACCUGUAAUUGCCAUAGCACAGAAAUCCUCUGAGGCAAUGCGAACCCUCUCUGUUAAAGCUACAUCUCCUCUUCAAGCUAGCCUCCGGGAAGCUGCUAGUAAGGGGGAAGAAAUUCAAGGCUUUCAGAUGUUCCCGGUCCUGGAAGAGCAGGACCGCCAGGGUAAUAUCAUAAGAGUGCAUGUUCCCAUUCCUUUCAAACAGCUUAAGGAGUUAAAAACAGCAUGUAGUCAAUAUGGCCCAACUGCUCCUUUCACAACAGCAUUGUUAGAAAGCCUGGCUUUAGAAGUUUUGCCCCCGGGUGAUUGGAAACAAAUGGCCCGAGCAUGUCUAUCUGGAGGUGACUAUCUGCUGUGGAAAAGUGAGUUCGUGGAACAGUGUCAGGCCACAGCUGAAAUAAAUCGGGCACAACAGAUUCCUAUCACCUUUGAUAUGCUCGCUGGGGAAGGCCCAUAUCGAGAGACAGGUCAACAGUUAAACUUUGAUAUAGCGGUGUAUGCUCAGGUUCAGGCCGCUGCCAAAAGGGCUUGGAAUACGCUUCCAUCAUCAGGAAGACAAACUGAGGAUCUGUCCAAGAUAAGGCAAGGGCCUGAUGAGUUAUUUCAAGAUUUUGUUUCCAGAUUAAUGCAAACGGCUAGCAGAUUAAUUAGCGAUUCAGAAGCUGGACUUUUACUUGUAAAACAACUUGCAUAUGAAAACGCCAAUGCAGCAUGUCAGGCCGCGAUACGCCCUUUUAGAAAAAAGGGAAACAUUUCUGAUUAUAUCCGACUUUGUUCUGAUAUAGGACCAUCAUACAAUCAAGGGAUAGUCAUGGCCGCAGCAUUACAAGGAAAAACGGUUAGGGAUGUUCUGUACCAGCAAAGACACCCUAAUUCCAGACAAGGGAAAGAUACUGGACCUCCUGGAAGUUGUUUUGGGUGUGGACAGAUGGGACAUUAUAUUAGAAGUUGCCCUGGCAAGAGAAGGGGCUUCGGAUCAAAUAGAGACCCUGGGUUAUGCCCAAGAUGUAGGAGAGGGAAACACCGGGCUAGCGAAUGCACAUCAAGGGCAAACACCCAGAAGAGUCCGUUCCAGGGAAACGGACGGAGGGGCCCGCCCCAGGCCCCGACAAAAUAG